AUGUUCCCACCGCACGACAGAUCGCUGCCGCUGCUCUCGCAGAGCAACACCUGGCGAUCCGGGUCGCAAACCCCGGACUCGGUCUCCGUGUACGAGGAAUCCCCCGGCACGGGCGACCCGUCGCUCGUGCACAAAUGGAGCAACGACAGCUCCAUCGUCUGCGUCGCUUGUUCGCCGAAAAAUCACCUGCUUUUCUGCGGAACCCAGGACUCGCGCAUCCUCGUAUACGACCUGCGCACUUUCCAGCGCGUGAGGGAGUACGAGGCGCACUCUGGGUCUGUGCUUUGUCUUUUGGUGAGCGACUGUGAGACAAGACUGUUUAGCGGCGGAACAGACUCGCUUGUCCGCAUUUGGGACAUAAGUCCGCGCGGCGAGCUCAAAGGAACGUACACGGUGUACUCGCUGAUCGAUGUGGGGGAUAUCUUCUCCAUUGCGUGGUCCGAGUCGCGCAAAACCGUCAUGUUUGGCGCACAGAACGCCUCCCUGUCGUAUGUCCAGAUAUGUCUGGAGUCGCACGUGCGGGACCCGCACCAGAUGCCGUUCCGGCGGUACGACAGGUUUUUCGACUCGGCGGGCCGCCCGGCGUCCGUAGAAGACGACGCCACGAACCAGCAAGGGCUCGGCACGCUGAUAGAGGUGCCGUCGCAGAACAUCAUCCCCUACGCCCACAACGGCUAUAUAUACUGCAUGGAGAUGUUCACCCUUCAGGACGGUAUCGCCGAGCACGGCGACUACACGGAAUUUCUCAUCACCGGCGGCGGCGACGGCGUGGUCAACAUAUGGGGCCUGAAAUCGGGGAUUGAGCUACUGUGGUCGCUGGAAAACCACGAGUCGGUGCUCUCGUUCGCGCGCAACAAGGGCAGCACGUACCUCUACUGCGGUCUCGCGCACGGCCAUGUAAACGUGUGGGACUUGUCCACGUUGCAGCAGAUCAAGUCAUACGAGAGCGAGGAGGGAGACAUUGUGUCGCUGGCGGUGUACGGGGACUGUCUGUUUAAAGGCACUAACGCGGGGGUGACCAAGUGGAAGUCGCGCGGGGAGAUCCGGUCGAACUGGAUCGACCACAACGGCUGCUGCCACGCCGUCAAGGUGGUGAAGCUGAAAAACGACCCGUACCUCAUUACAGCAGGCACAGACCACUCGGUGGCGCUGUGGGACAUCUCUGUGCUGGACAAGGCCGAGGCCGAGCAGCGGCCCGUCGAUUUGACGUCGACCGACCGCAUGCUCGAGGUGCUGGCAAAGCUAGUCGAGUACAGAACCGUGUCGAAGCUGCCGGCGCUGUACAUUGACCAGUCGCGGCGGUGCGCAAACUUCCUGCGCACGCUGCUGCGCAACCUCGGCGCGUCGCACGUGUCGCUGCUGCCGGUGCCAAACGCCAACCCGGUGGUGUAUGCGGUGUUCAAGGCGAAUCGGCCAACGGACAAGCCCGUUCGAAUUCUGUGGUACGGCCAUUACGACGUGAUCGACGUGAGCAGCACUGACUCCUGGAGCACGGAGCCGUUCCGCCUGACGGCCCAGAACGGCUACCUGUACGCACGGGGCGUCAGCGACAACAAGGGCCCGCUGCUGGCGGCGAUGUACGCGGUGGCAGAGCUGUACCAGAAACGGGAGCUGGAGGCAGACGUGGUGAUUUUGCUGGAGGGUGAGGAGGAGUCGGGCUCGUUUGGGUUCCAGGCGGUGGUGCAGGAGAACCGGUCGCUGUUUGGCGAGAUUGACUGGGUUUUCCUGAGCAACUCGUACUGGCUCGACGACACGGUGCCCUGUCUCAACUAUGGGUUGCGUGGGGUUAUCUCUGCCACCGUGGAGGUGCGCUCGGACAAGCCGGACAGACACUCUGGCGUGGACGGCGGCAUCUCGCGGGAGCCGACGAUCGACCUGAUCAACCUGCUCUCCAAACUCAACGCUGACGACGGCAAGGUGAACCUGCCAGACUUCUACACGCCGGUCCGAAAAGUUACGCAGCACGAGCUCGAGUCGUAUGAGAAAAUCACCAGCAAGAUCAGCAAGCUGCGCAGCGACGAGCUCAUGGCCAAGUGGCGGCUACCGUCGCUCACGAUCCACAACGUGAGCGUGUCUGGGCCCAACAACUCGACCGUGAUCCCGCAAACGGCGUCUGCGUCGCUGUCUAUCCGCAUAGUGCCGGACCAGGACCUGCAGCAGAUCAAGAGCUCGCUGAUCAGUUAUUUGGAGGAGAAGUUUGCGCUCUUGCACACGGAAAACCAUCUCACCGUGCGUGUGAUCCACGAGGCCGAGCCGUGGCUCGCCGACGUCAACAACGCCGCCAACAAGAUCCUGCUCAAGAACAUCGAGCAAGAGUGGGGGGUCGAGCCGCUGCUGAUCAGAGAGGGCGGCUCGAUCCCGUCAAUCAGGUUCCUGGAGAAAACGUUUGGCUGCGAGGCCGUGCACCUGCCCACUGGCCAGGCCAGCGACAACGCGCAUCUCAACAACGAGCGGAUCCGUGUCACCAACCUGUUCAAGACCAAGGAAAUCUUGAAAAACACGCUCAACAGGCUUCCAAAGAGACAUAAUUAG